AUGGCCGCUCGCCGCGACCCAACUCGGGGCAAUCGUCAUUCAGGAACCAACAUCGGCUAUCUUCUCUUUUCUCAACUUCGUCACGACGUAUCUCUUUUGGCAACAACUUGGCUGGCGAUCAAAUAUACAAAAGAAACAAAUCUGGUUCUCGUCGACGAUUUUUCAUUGUGUCGAUUGUUGGGUGACCGAGUGGAUGGACUAUUUUUAUGUGGUUUCGCCGACAUCUGUGUGGCCGUCCUCUACACAUUACCCGCGUUGACCACGAAAAAACAUUUU